GACUACUUUGGGCAGAUGCCAGGGCUGGGCCUCUCUCUAACAGCGGUGGACUCAGGCCUUCUCUCACCCCUGAUCCCCGGUCAGACCAAGCUCUCCUGGUUCCUGCUGGCCCCUGAUGGGGACUCUGUGGCUGGCACUGGGGUCAUCCUCCCCUACACCAGCUCUGACCCAGUCCCUGGAGCUUGUAAUCUGGAGUUUGACCUGGACAUUGACCCAAAUGUCUAUCUCCACUACAACAUUUUUGAGACUACUAUCCGCUUUGCACCUGCAAAUAUUGGAUAUUCAAGGGGCUCCAAUCCGCCCGCCUGUGACACUGAAGUAGGUGAAAACACUCGAUGGCGCCUGAGGUAUGACAUCUACCAGUACUUCCUGCCUGAGAGCGACCUUUCAGAGCAGAGCCUCAUCACCAGCAUCCAGAGUGUGGCCAAUGUGCAGACCAUGAGAGAGCAUGGGAAAAGGCUCAUGACACUAUCAUCCAAUGAUAAGACAGAGGUAGUGUUUAGCUCCAUCCCGGGCCAGGGUGUCAUCUACUCUGUCAUAGUCAGAGACCCAGUGCUUAACACCUCUUCCUCGUAUAUCCCUGUCCACACCUACGCCUGCAGCUUCUCCUCCACCCUGGAUGGCUGUGACACUCUGGGUAAGUGGGACAACCA